AAAAAGUCAUCAACCUCGACUUCGCCAAUUAAGUUCUUCCGCCCCGGCUAUUCUCCCUUAUAUGCGUCGCAUUUGUUCUUGAAUCUCCGGGUAUUCCAAGCAAUACUGGCAGCAGAAAGGGGAGGAGAGAGAAAGUAGAGAGAGAGAAUGUUCCAUCAGAAGAAGGCAUCAAGUAUGAACUCUCACGAGCGGCCGAUGUGCGUUCAAGGAGACUCCGCCCUCGUCCUCACCACUGAUCCAAAGCCCCGUCUCCGCUGGACCGUCGAACUUCAUGAACGCUUCGUCGACGCUGUCAGGCAGCUCGGAGGCGCUGACAAGGCCACACCGAAGACCAUCAUGAGAGUGAUGGGGGUGAAAGGUCUCACUCUCUACCAUCUCAAGAGCCAUCUUCAGAAAUUUAGGCUGGGAAAGCAGCCUCACAAGGAAUUCAAUGAUCACUCAAUGAAAGAUGGCGAGAGAGCUUCAUCUUUAGAACUUCAACGAAACACUGCGUCUUCGUCGUCUGGAAUGCUGGGGCGCACCAUGAACGAGAUGCAAAUGGAGGUGAACAGAAGACUGCAUGAACAAUUAGAGGUCCAAAGACACCUGCAACUCAGAAUCGAGGCUCAGGGCAAGUACAUGCAGACCAUUCUUGAAAAGGCCUGCCAAACCCUUGCCGGCGAAAACAUGGCGGCGGCCGCUGCUGGUGGCUAUAACAGGCCGGCCAUGGACCCGGAAACAUCAGCCAUGAAAGAUUUCGGGCCGCCACCUCCGCCGAUGAUGAAUUUCUCACCCCUUCAAGAUCUUAACAUGUAUGGAGGCGGUGAUCAGCUGGAACUUCAUCACCAUACUAUGGAAAGAUCGACUGUCGAUCAUGUCUUCAUGCCGAGUGUUAACGACAACCUGUUAUUAGGCAAAAAGAGACCUAAUCCAUACAGCAAUGAGAAUAGCAGUAGUGGGAAGAGCCCUUUGAUCAGCUGGGCUGAUGAUCUGAGGCUGCAAGAACUGGGAACAGCCUCAUCGUCAUCAUGUCUUGACGAACACCAGAUUCAUCAGAUCACUCCUCUCUCAAUUGACAGAGGCGGUGACGUCGAUUCAGUUUCGGAUAUUUACGAGACAAAGCCGAUGGAUCUUUUAUUGGGGGACAAGAAAUCGGAAGCUUCGACGGCGCUCGAGAGGCCCUCCUCCAGUCAGGCGGCGGCGGAGAGGAUGAACAACUCCUCCAUCAGCGGCGGCGGAGGAAUGCCACAAGGGCGGAGCUCACCGUUUGGGUGACUAAUUAAUUAACUUUAUUUUAAUUUAAUUUCCUCAUUAAUAUAGACACUUGCACUAAUUAACUACGUGUUCUUGAAGGGUAUGUGUAGGGUUUGAGAGUUUAACAUCAGAGUUGCAUUGUAAUUCAAUAGAAACAUCUGCUAUGAUCAUAUUUAGAGCGAUGAUUUUUAUAUCAGGCUUGUUAAUUAAUAUAUAAUUAGCACACACC